AGAUAUCUCUCAUGAAAGGUGAAGAGUCAUCUCAAAACAGUGAUAUAAUUAAAUUCAUGUUAGGGUGAACCUAUUGAUACAAAUGUUUUCUUCCCAAGUUAAAAAGCUUUGUACUCCUUGAUCAAGAAAAAUGGUAAUGACAGAUUCCAAUAAUGAAUCAAAAAAUGGAAAAGACUUACCUCAUCAAAAUCAUGAAGAAAUAACACAUACAUCUACGCCUUCUGUUUUAUCAGAAUUGCAGAUACACAGUACUGAAGUAGGAGAAAUUGCAGAAAUGCCAAAUUAUGAACACUUGAGUACAUCAGCGGUUUUACAUUAUUGUAAACAUAAGAUAUUAAGGCCUUACCUAAGAUUAUUAGGUGUUAUGGGAUUAAGGCCCACAAGCAGUGAUGAAACUGAUCACUUUUCACGUUAUUGUAUUUUAACAAAUUUUCAUACUUUUCAAGUUGCUGUAUUUAUGUGCAUUGGAUAUAUUUUACAAUAUAUGGCAUGCUUCAGGAGAGAUAGAGGAUUUUGUUAUAAACUACUACCAUUAGAAUUACAAAUUGUACCAAAUGUUAGUAAAGAAUGGAUGCAUGAAUCAGUUUGUUUUGGAAAUGUUAUAUUCAGUCAUAUAAUUCCUAGUUUACUUCAUUUAAUUGCGUAUUUAUACACUGUAUAUCUAUUUCGUAUUAAAGAACACGAGCAAUUACAAAAUCUAAUGGAACGAGCGUUUCUCUUAUCUUCUAAUCCAAUUCAUAGAGGAAAUCAAAAAAAGCUCGUACGAAUAUUGUGGCUUUUCAUAGCUUUAAGUGUAGUAUGGAUGAUAGUAGCAUUUAUUACAGUAAACAUAAUGAUGGCACAAGGAGUUAUUUUAUUUCAAUGGCUGGAACAUAGUCCAUAUCAAGUUAAAAUUAUUUUGAAAAUACUUUUGAUCGUGUGCACAUUAUGGCAUGAUAUGGUACAAGGAACGAUCAUAACAAGUUAUUGUCUACAAGGUCAGCUUUUAAUUGCACAUCUUUAUUUCCUUAGAGGAAAAUUACUUCAACAUACAUUACCUCCUAUAGACUGGAUGAAGGAAAUAAGUGAAUUUAAGAAAUUGUUGAAAUAUUUUAACAAUGAUUUGGGACCUGCUGUUUCCAUUUAUACUGUUAUAAAUCUGUCAUGGGCAACUGCUGGAACUAUUUGGCUAUUGCAAUACAAUGAUGAUGAAACAGAAAAUAAUCCAGUCACAUACAUUGGCAUAAUAAAUGUAAUAUUAUGGAUAUUGAUAUCGAUAGUCCCAUUUAUCCAGGCAGCUAGAUUAACUACUGCUUGUUCUAUGAUUCAAAGUAUUGGUCAUGAAGUACGUAUCCGACCAUUUGUUUAUGAAAGCACACCAGGAGAGGAUCUGGAUACUAUACUUUUAUAUACCUCCUCAUUAAAAAUGUGUGCUAGAUUGUUUAGAAUACCAGUGACAGGUAGAUAUUUAUGUCUGCUUUUAACUGUUGCUAGCAUUACUAUACUUACAUUAGGUCAAUGUCAAAUCUUAUAAAAUCAUUUUUUAAGUAAAUUAAUUUUCAUUAUAUUUCUUAUUAAUUUGAGUUACUUAUUUAUGGAUGUACAUUUUAAAUGUAACAUUAAAAUCAAUAAGAAAUGAAAACAACAUAAAUACUAGUUAUUUCUCAUUGUCAAUAU